GUCCGCCGCCCGCGCCCCGCCGCCCGCAGCCGGAACCGCACCCUCCGCGGACCGAGCCCAUGCGCUGGGCGAGCCACGCGCCCCGGCCCCGGCCCCUUUCCCCGCCCCCGCCCCGGCCCCGGCCUCGAGGGCAGUCGCGCCAGUGAGCGGUGAGUGCGGCGGGGGCGGGUGGGGGGCGGGCGGCGGCCCCAACCGGGGCUGCGGCUCGGGGCGUUGGAGGCGCGGCGACGGCGGCGGGGCACGCGGGGGCGCAGCAGGUGGGACAGGAGACCACCACAGUGCCCUGGGCUGCAUCCCUUGAGGAGCGAUGACAGAAUAUAAGCUUGUGGUGGUGGGCGCUGGAGGUGUGGGGAAGAGUGCCCUGACCAUCCAGCUCAUCCAGAACCACUUCGUGGAUGAGUAUGACCCCACCAUCGAGGACUCCUAUCGGAAGCAAGUGGUUAUCGAUGGUGAGACGUGCCUGCUGGACAUUUUGGACACGGCGGGUCAGGAGGAAUAUAGUGCCAUGCGGGACCAGUACAUGCGCACUGGAGAGGGCUUCCUGUGUGUGUUUGCCAUCAACAACACCAAGUCUUUCGAGGACAUCCACCAGUACAGGGAGCAGAUCAAGCGAGUGAAGGACUCCGAUGACGUGCCCAUGGUGCUGGUGGGGAACAAGUGUGACCUGGCUGCCCGCACCGUGGAGUCCCGGCAGGCGCAGGACCUUGCCCGCAGCUAUGGCAUCCCCUAUAUCGAGACGUCGGCCAAGACUCGCCAGGGCGUGGAGGACGCCUUCUACACGCUGGUGCGAGAGAUCCGGCAGCACAAGGUGCGAAAGCUGAGCCCGCCCGAUGAGGGUGGCCCAGGCUGCAUGAGCUGCAAGUGCCUGCUCUCCUGACGUCCCUUCCAGGCCCCCCCUGACAUCCCCGCAGGCCCUCUGUGCCCCAGCAGCGCAGGCAGGGGGCGUGGAGGUGCCAGAUGCCGGGAGGAGGUGCCGACGGAGGAAGGAGGAGGGGAAGGAAGGAAGGAAGUGCCACCGGAGCCCGGCCAGCCCAGGCUCCCUGGACAGAGUGACUGCAGACCUCCCAGGACGCUUUGCACAGACUGUGGUGAACUGAGGCCACCGGCACCCUGGCUGUCACUCUCCUCCCAGCCCCGUCCUGGCCCUUUGGCCACAGGCUGAGUCGCAGUAAAUUAUUGGAUGGUCUUGA